AUGGGUAACUGCACCAAACCAUCUAUGAAAGACAAAAUGAAGAAGGACAGAGAGCUGAGGCCAGAGGAGAUCGAAGAGCUCCGCGAGGCGUUCGUGGAGUUUGACAGGAACAAAAAAGGCUACAUCAGUCAUAAAGACCUGGGGGAGUGUAUGAGGACCAUGGGAUACAUGCCAACAGAGAUGGAGCUCAUCGAACUGAGCCAGCAGAUCUGUGGAGGUAAAGUGGACUUUGAGGACUUUGUGGAGCUGAUGGGACCCAAGAUGCUGGCAGAGACAGCAGACAUGAUCGGAGUCAAAGAGCUACGAGACGCAUUCAAAGAGUUUGACUCGAACGGCGACGGUCAGAUCAGUUUGACUGAGCUGCGUGAGGCCAUGAAGAAGCUGAUGGGAGAACAAGUGACCAACAGAGAGAUCAACGAGAUCCUCCGGGACGUGGACCUCAACGGGGACGGCCUGGUGGACUUUGAGGAGUUUGUGCGGAUGAUGUCUCGCUGA